GACUACGGAUCACGGAUCUACAAUAGUUAGGAGAAAAACGUAAUCGAUGGUGUCGAAUAUGGCUUGGGCGUUUUAUUUGUCUCUAAAGUGUAUUUUUAAAACAUUCUAAUUAAUCUGUGUAAGAGCAAUUGUGUUAUUUCAUGAAAAACAUGAUGUCUGCUUCUAUUUAUUCAAUACUCAGGAGAAUAUGCAGUGGAAACGGACGACGAACAAUUAUGACAGCUACCGCAACGGACGAUCAAACUACAGAAUUUGAGUCGUUUCGUACUCUGGAAGCAUUUCCUCGGAAUCAUACCAGCAGUCACUUGAGCCGAAUUUAUACAGUGCCCUCGGAUGUUCAGAAACUAUUAGAAAAUAAUGUACCUAACGAAUGGAAGAAACAAAUGAAAAUUUUUGCAGAAUUUGGUAUAUUAAUAAGAAAACCAACGAUCGAAACGAUAUCGUAUCUGGAGCAAACGGAUUAUGCAAAGUCCAUUCACAAAUAUGUCUUGUAUGGUAUACACGGCGCAGGGAAAACCACAACUUCGUUGCAUUUAAUACAUUAUGGCCUUUCGAAGAAGUUUGUUGUGCUUCAUUUACCUUCGGUUAAUACGUGGUUUCGAUUUCCAAAGGAAAUUACAGAUUCCCCGUUGAUACCGGAUAAACUAGAUUUACCUAUACACGCAGGAACAUGGUUGAAAUAUUUCAAAAAUUUAAACGCGCCGUUAUUAUCAACGUUGGAUUUGAAAGUUUCAAAAGAUUACGUGUGGAGUCAACGAGAAGGUACAAAAUCUGGAGAACCCCUUUCUAAUCUGAUCGAAUUUGGAAUACAACGAAUUAAAUUUGCCUGUGGAGCUAUCGACGCGUUGGUGAAUGAACUUAAAGAAGCUAGUACGGCAGGAAAAUGCAAAACGUUAGUUGUUAUAGAUGGUUUUAACGCGCUUCUUGCCGAUCACACGUUUAUACGAGACGACAACAAGGUAUAUGUACCGGCUGAAAGGAUAUCGUUAACCACAUCGUUUCUGAAUAGCGUACAUUUUAAUUGGUGUAAUGGUGCUGCGAUAUUAACGGUAGAUAUCAAAGCAACUAAGUUUAACAGAGAAAAUGAAUAUCCAAGAUACUUGCUUGGUAAAAAGGGAUUCGAGUAUCUGGAUCCUUUUGUUCCCGUUUGCGUUGAAAACUACACUCCUGACGAGUUUAACGCUAUUAUGGAAUAUUAUAAACAUAAAAAAUGGAUUCGAGACAUUACUGAUGAGGGAGAAAGAGAAGUAGAAUUAUUAUCAAAUAGGAACCCUCUUGAACUAUGGAAGUGUUGCAAAUCCCUCUAAAAUAUUUUAUAUACGAAUAAAAAUA